AUGUGGCAUUACCACGUUAGAUGGCGAUACGUACCAUUAAUAAACAUAACCUAAUUAAUUUGAAUAUAAACAUGAAUUUUCGUUACAAUUUUAGCGAAAAUUCCAAGGCAGAUUUAUUAGAGUUUGUAAAAGAAGCUCAAAAACAAAAGGAUAAUAAAUACUGUGAUCUAGAACAGUACAAAUUAUGGAAAAAGAUGUUACCACUGGAUUCAAACAUAGAAAAAGCAUUAGAAGUGUCAAAGGAAGUCAUAGAAAUAAUGGACAGUGAAUCAUUUGAAGAAUUACCUGAUAUAAAAAACACAGAGACUUUAAACGAUUUAGUGGAAGAAAAUAUUAAUAAUUCAAUUGUUGUUGAAGAUGUUACUUAUGCUAUAAAAGAAAACUUGGAGAAAAUUAAGGAAGUACCAAAAUCUGUGAUAAGAGAUAUUGAGGAUUAUCCUGUUGAUAAAUUGAAAGGAUCGCUAAUGUUGUUAUCGGAAGAGUUAAAUUUCGAAGAUGUUGUAAAUUUAGGGAAUUCUUUAGUAAGAUUUAAUUGCAGUGAGAGUGUGUUUUCAGUGUAUUUUCAGACGCUUCUCAGUACAAAAUUAAGGUCUGAAUAUUCUGAUAAGUUGCACAGUUUAUUAUUUAAAAUAGAAAGCUAUACUAAUGGUGUUUUGGCCAAUGAAAUAUCAAGAGUUUUGUUGGAAGAAAAAGAAGCUGCAUCAACACGGACGCCCCCUUCUGUCUGGAACCACCACUAAGCGUACCCGACGGAUCCGUGACGUCCCCGUCGAGCGUGACGCAUCGCUUUCUUAUCUUGUCGUGAAACGUGACCUGCCUGGCGACGUUCAUAUCCUUGCAAAUGAAAACGUUGCCGAAUAUAAACUCCAUCGCCGGCUGCAGAUGGCGAUCGUACUCGAUCAGAGACAGCGCCGGCCGGCAGUUCUCCUUGCCCACUAGGUCUUGGGCGAGUUUGACGGUCCGGUCGUCCAUUUUGUGCGCCUGCACCUUGUUCAGGGGGAUGAAGGUGGUGCGGUUUUGCAGUUGGCCGCGUUGUAGCAGCUUUUUGCCUGUCACGUCUGUAUCCACCACCACGUUGUACAGCUGAACAAUUUAUCAAUAAUGCGUAAUGUAAUUUGUGACUAGAGUUCGG